AAAAGUACGUUUUUACGGAUGGGCGUCUAUUUCCUUCUGGAGAAAAUGAUCAUCACAGACUCUGGAAAUGGACAGAAUCCAAUCCUAUGCAAGCUCAGAUAGCGAAAGUGGUGAUGAAGCAUUUCAUGAAAGACCCCGGAACAGGAACAGGCAUCCCAGAGUGAAAAUUGCACUUCAAGAAUCUGUCAGCAACGAACAGUCUAGGUUUCAUUCAGUCAAUGAAACGAGAGGAUAUAGUACUUUCCUGCAUGUCCACAAACCAGAAAGUGAUAAACUAUCCAAUAGAAGCAUUUAUGGGAUAACGAGGAAAGAGAAAUCAUCUGUUUCUCGUCAACAUCAUCUUUUACCCAAUCAUCGGACUGAUGGCUGGCAAGGUCAAGAGGUCAGAGACUUCUGGCAACAACCCCCUCCUCUGAAUCACCAGUAUGACGGCAGAGUCCAAAAUGAGAUAAUUUUUGACAAGCGAAACCAAAGACCACAAGGAUAUCAACAAAGUCCAGAAAGUAUGCAACAUCAGGUGCCUGUGAAUCAGCAGGAUCCACAGCUCAAUCAACAAUGUCAGAGACAGGAACAAAAUAUGAAAAGACAAGGUCAGGGAUCUGGACUGAUGCCCUAUGUCCCCAAAAGGUUAAGAAAGUCCAAUGACGGUAGCUCAGAUGACCAUCAAGGACAUGGCCAUUGGACAAAAAAGGAAAACCCUGACUUUUAUACAGCUGACCCUGUCAUUGAAUCCAACAUUGAACAACCCAAGACCGGUUCAAAACCACCCAAACGCCUCUUUUGCAACUUUGUUCUCCAUGAGGGACCUGUUACCCAUGUUGAAUGGAACAUUCCACAGUUCAGUCAUCUCUUGCUGUCUAGCUCUAUGGAUAAGACUGUAAGGGUAUGGGACUAUUCUACUCAGAGGAAGUGUGUGCAGACCCUGAGAAGUCAUGAGGGGGCAGUGAAAGAUGCACAGUGGAAUGCAGAUGGUCAGCUCAUUCUUAGUUGUGGGUUUGACAAGACGGCUCGACUCUCUGAUGCUCGGAGUGGAACAAAUUUCCAGGUCUUUGACCAUUCAUCAUAUGUGACAUGCAUCAAAUGGCAUCCUACCGACCCUCAGAUGUUCAUUAGUGGAUCGUACGGUUCCACUAUGUACUGCUGGGAUACAAGAACAGGCUCUGUUGCUCAUCAAUAUGCAGGCAAACUUGGUCAGAUCCUCGCAGUGGAGUUCAUCAACAAUGGUACUGAGUUUGUAGCUACAUGUGACACUGUCAGUCGAGACUCUACUGAUAGAACCAUCAUGGUGUGGGAUUCAAAGACUGCUGCUCUACUCUCAAAUCAACUCUACCAUGAGAAGUACACCUGCUGCAGCUUGAGGUCUCAUCCUACAGACAGUGUCUUCAUGGCUCAGUCCAAUGCCAACUAUAUUGCUCUUUUCUCAACGAAGAGGCCCUACCGACUCAACAAAUACAGGCGCUUUGAAGGUCACCAGGUUGAAGGGUACAGAAUUGGUUGUGACUUCUCUCCUGAUGGCAGUCUGGUGGCCAGUGGUAGCUCUGAUGGCAAGGUUCACAUCUAUAGCUACGGAAGCACCAAGCUGAUCAAGACCCUUGGAGGGGGCCUGGGGCAGCAGGAUGGGGCGUGUACUGAUGUGGCCUGGCACCCAGUCCUGCCUGGUGUCCUAGCCAGCUGCAGCUGGGAUGGCAAAGUCAAUGUCUGGACCUGAAAGGUAUUAUUUUUUC